AUGCCGGGGUUUGCCAAAUAUUUGAAAGAUUUGAUCACCAAAAAGAGGACCACAAAGAAUGAUGUGGUAAACAUGACUCACCGGGUUAGCUCUAUUAUUGCCACAAGCCUUGUCCAAAAGAAAGAGGACCCGAGAGCAUUUACUAUUCCAUGCACUAUCGGGGAGCGUGACUUUGCAAAUGCCCUUUAUGACAAUGGGGCUAGCAUCAACUUGAUGCCACUUGCCAUCUACAAGCAAGCGGGAUUAGGGAUGCCGAGGCCAACAAGCAUGAGGUUACAAAUGGCCGAUCGAUAUAUUAAGCGACCGGUAGGAAUUGUUGAUGAUGUGAUUGUGAAAGUUGGAAAAUUCCAUUUGCCCGCUGACUUUGUAAUUUUUGACUGUGAUGUUAAUAAAGAGAUCCUUAUCAUCUUGGGGAGACCAUUCCUAGCCACGGGAAGAGCACUCAUGGAUUUGGAGCAAAAUGAAAUUAAGUUCCUGGUGAAUGAUGAAGAAGUCACAUUUCAAGCGAGCAAGGGUAUGAAAUUACCCCAUGAGUAUUAG